UUAAUUACAGGUAACCCUAUUUUGACACAUUGUUUGACUUUGUUUUUCGAAUCAAUGCUUUAUACUGGAUUUUCGUAAUUUGUUAUUUUAUAAUAACUCAAUAAUUGUAUGUAUCGAUGCAAAUGUACUUACUGUACUCUUUUUUAUGAAUCUUCGAAAUGGAAGAUCAGUUUCCGAUACUAUGUUCCUCAAAACCUUUAAAGCCAGAAUUUGUAAAAUUCCAAAGAAUCGCAAUUACCUCUGAAGACUUCAAACUUGGCCGUGGUCUUCAAAACUCAGUCGUUAUACCGUUCGUUUGUCUGUCUAGAGAUCAUUGUGUGUUUAAGAAAAUAGACGAUAACUGGAUAUUAGAAGACUGCAGUUCCUUUGGCAUUGAAGUAAAUGGAAAUAAACUAGGCAAAGGCCAAAAGCGCAAACUAAACAAUCAGGAUGUCAUAAAGCUAGAAUCUUCCAAUGAAUUUGUGUACAAAUUCGUGAGUACAAGUGAACAGUCGACGCCAUGUAAGAGAAGAAAACUAGAGGUGGAUGAGAACCAUGAUUUUAUUGAUAAUGUCAAAAAGAAAUUUGAGGAAUCCCAGAGUUGUGAAAUACAGCAUAUUGAGGAGAAAAUCCAGAAUGCGAAACACAUGCAGACCACUAGUAAGAGAUUAAAAGAGCAGUUACAGUUAGACUUGAGUAGAAAAGAGCAGCAACUGCAUGAUGAUUAUGCGGCUCAGAUAAAGAAGUUGAAAGGGCAACAGGAUGAGGUGGAGCAGCAGAAGGCGAUGCUCAUCGAGGAGAGGGACCUGCAGCUGGCGGCAAUUAAAGUGGAAAUGGAGGGGAAAAUAGCGUCCCUAAUGGAGCAAAUAUCCAAACAUAAUGAAACCGAGUCAGAACUGAUUCAAGAAAAUAAUGCUCUCAAAGAGAAAUUAUUAAAAGAGAGAGACGAGUUCCUAUCCGAGCUGAACCGAGAGAGUUCCUCCAAGCAAGAGAUGCUGGACAAACUAGAAGCCAGGAUACGGGAGCAGGAAGAAGUGCGGCUAAAAGAAAAGAAGGAGUUGGAGGAGACGCUGCGGAGAGAGACUGAACAACUUAGACUUGCUAAAGAAAAGGAACUAAAAGAAUUAGAAGAACAAAAACUACUCAGAGAAAAAGAAUUAGAAGAAGAAUUAACAAGUAUAAAGAAUAAUCUCGCAAAACAGAUAGAGUUACAUGAAAAUGAGAAGCUUAAAGCAGAACAACUACUCAUCCAGCAGAAGGAACAGCUCCAAAAACUCAGCGAUGAGGAGAAAUCAAAGAUAAAACAACUAAUAGAGGAGCGUGCUGAAAUCGAAAAGAAACUGGCUUUAGCCGAAGCAGAUGCCGGCAAGUCCAUACAAACCUUAGAGGAACACGUAAAGAAACGUGAGAUAGAACUAUCAGCGUUAGCGGCCGAUCGGAUCCAGCAGCAAGCAGAGCAGUCCAGCGAGGUCAUCAGCUCCCUGCAGGCGCAGCUGGAGAAGGUGCGACACCAGCUACAAUCAGUAGAAACCGAAAAGAAGUCCCUCCUCGAGAGCCUAACAGUGACCUGCGUGGGCGAGGGCUCCAAAACUGCCGACGUGGAAGACAUCAUAGAGACAGAGCUGCAGUGCAGCAUCUGCUCUGAGCUCUUCAUCAACGCCAUGACCCUGGGCUGCUCGCACAGCUUCUGCAAGUACUGCAUCGACAAGUGGAAGAAGAACAAACGAGAAUGCCCCAUAUGCAGGACAGUUAUAGCAUCUGAGUGCAAGAGCAUAGUACUGGACUCGCUAAUCGAGCGAAUGAUGCAAACAUCGGAGGAGACCAAACAGAAGCGGCAAGAGAUCCUCAACGCGAGAGCAGAGAUGGCGGCUAAGGAGGCGACCACUUCCUACGCCGGAACCACUCGCGGAGGUAAUUCAGAUGACGACUCCUCAACCGCCAGCGAGAGCGACAACGACGGGGAGGACUCGUGGCCGGAGGAGAACGACUACGAGAACUACGACGACGAAUAUGACUGGGGCCCCGCCGACGACUACGAACACCCCCUCGAUGUAUUCUUCGGGCGCGGCGGGCGCUUCUUCCGCGACUACCGCGGCCACUACUCGUCCAGCUCCGAUUCCGACAGUGGAUCUGACUUGGAUCCCGACGCCGCCGCCGCCGACGCGGGAGCUGCGCGCGGUGCGGCUGCCGGCGCCGCCGCGGGGGGGGAUGGUGCUGCGGGGGGGGAUGGCGCCGCCGGCGCCGGCGGUGCCGCUGGAGGCGGCGCUGCGGGCGUACUUCCAGCGCCCGCAGGGGGCGCCGGUGCCGCAGGUGGUCCACGUGGUCAGGAUGGCGAGCGGGCAGCUGGUACGAAUGGCCGCCGGCGGCGCCGCCAUGUCCCGGGGCUCCCCGGCGCCUACUACGGCGGUUACGGCCGCUGCUUCCGCUGCCACGCCCGCGGCCACUGGGCGCCCGGCUGCCCCAACCGGUAACGCGCCGCACCCACGCCCACCACAGAACCACUAAACUGAGUUACGAACGUUGGUUUCUUGAAGCUCACGUUUGCGAGCGGGCUUUAAGAAUUUCAUAUAUGUUGCCGCGGAACGAGUGAACUAAAUUGGGAACGAUGGUUUCUGAUAACUCACGUUUGCGAACGAACUGCGAUUUCAAACUUGCGAAGCGUAAUUCUUUUUGGCAUAAUGUUAACGUAUGCCGUGCAAUUUGCGCCGAUUUGUGAUGGUGAUUCCCACCGAGUUAUUCCCACAAAUUCACUCGAGUAUCACUACUGGAAUUUAUUUUUCUACCACCAGUAACAACUUGGUGGUAACGAGUGGGAACGACCCUAUUUGUGUGAUACGUCUUAAAACAACAUAACAAAGUAGGUGAUAAACCUAAACCAAAACUGUGCCAUAAAAUUAGCGCUAGAAUCACUAAUAGAUAGCGUUUCAGAAUACUGUAUUCUAAUAGCUGGGUUGAACUGCUGUUUGUAGCCCCCUCCACACUCUGAAGUGUGGAGGGGGCUUUUAGUCUACGCCCCUGUGCCACACUGUUAAAUUGUGUCUCUUUCUAACAAACAGAAAUGUCAAAAUGACGGAUAGGGACAAAUGAUUAUCAACAGUUUGUUAGAUUUGACAAACUUUAAUGAAUAACGCCAUCAGCAAAUAACAUGUAGUUAUAACCUGAGCAAUCCUUAGACAAUAACUAAAAAAAGGGGAUUUUUUUUUCAUGAAAAUUUCAACAAACAUUUUAAUGUAUGAUGUCUGCAUUGAAGUUAAAACUAGACAUUAUUAUUUUUAUUUAGAGAGGUUUUAACAAUUCAGAUAAAAAGUUAUGCGAUGAUGAAAAACAGUAAAAUCUGCAGGACGCAUUUUUCAAUUAUUGUUGCCUUCAAAGAAUUAAAGUGUUGAUAGAUUGAAACUGAUCACUCCCAAUUAUUUCCGUGCUUGCGUAGACCUUUUAUCUAAACUGUUAAAUACCUCCCUAAAACAUGUAGAUGAGAGAGCGCAUCUUUCAUUAAAACCACUAUUAUUAAUUUAUUAUCUUCGUACCGCCCACCAAACGUAACAUUUCUACAAUAGGCAUUAAAAUGGUGGUGUUUUAAGUUACUAAUUAAUGGCACUGUAUAAAAUAAUUUUAAAGUUAAUAAUGACUGUGAUAUUAUGAUUCUAAUAACGAUUUUAUCUGUAUGCCAGAUCCGUUGGAAAUUGUUUUCUUUUGUACUUGUAUUUUCAUGAUAAACUAUAUCUGAACUAUACAAGAGUGGUAAUGUAAAUUCUUUGAGUGGUUGAAAUUUAUUAUAACUAAUCAUUAUAUAUGCCUCAUAAAGGCAUAGAUUCACUGGGGGGAAAUGCUCGAUGACACGCGUCGCCAGCGAUGUUGCAUGUGAGGUGAGUUCAUUUCAAUAGUCAUGGAGUCAAGAUAUGUCAG